AUGAAGAAUAUUGUUCUUAGCUUUUUACUGAUCUUAGCCGUGUCAUCGAUGACUUUAUCCCACAAAAUUAUUGGCACAUGUUAUAAAGACAAGAACAGCCUUCGUAACUCACAAUAUUUUACACUAGAAUGUUCUGCAAGCAACUCAAUUAACAUCUAUUCUCGGAAUGAAAAUAUCACAUCAGCUGAAGCUUAUAUUGCCCCGAACGACAUUAAAGAAUUAAAAAAGAAACUCGUCAGUUUCGAUAAAGUUGACGGAUUUAAAUUUGUAAUGAAUGAAAUUCGUUAUUUCCCGAAAGGAAUCGAAAGAUUUUUCACAAAUCUAGUUGCAUUGACAGUCGAGUACAGUAAUUUGCAGGAAAUCAAGCAAGUUGAUCUAAAACCAUUCCCAAAACUGAUAUUUUUGAACCUCAGCGUGAAUAUGCUUAAAAUUAUUGAAAAAGAUUUAUUUAAAUUUAAUCCAUUGCUGCAAGCUAUUGACUUGACUAAUAACAUUAUUAAGGAAAUUGACGGGAAUGUCUUUGAAGGCUUGAAUAGCUUAAAUAGUCUGAAGAUUAGUAUGAAUCUUUGUGUUCAGGUCAACGCUGUUGGAAGGAAAAAUGUUGAAAAUUUCAUUAAGGAACUGAAAAUUUUUUGCAAGAAAAAGGAACAAAAAUUCAUUUUGGACGAGAAAAAAGGCACAAAAUUUAAUUGGAGAAAAUAUUUUUGGAUUAUUUUGAUUUCUGGAACCUCGGCUGUGGUUUUUUUGAUUUAUGGACUUUUUAAAAUAUUAAUGACUGUUAAAGUCGCACCUAAAAAUGAAAAGUUAAGCGUUUGUGAUCCUCAAAGUCAACAGGAACUGAAAAAUAAUGUUUGGAUCUAA